AUGAUCCGCCGUAGUUGUGCCCUGUUAAGCUCGUCAUGGAGGGAUCAUGGCAUCAGUUAUCUCAAGUAUCUGAACGUUUGCACCGAGACACUCCACAGCACCGUAAAGGAGUCACGACGUGCCAAAUAUGAGCGUUGGUCAAAACCAUGCUAUACGGCGCAGCGACCCGAUGGAGCUGGUGGACAGGAAACCAUCGACAAGGUUCCCAUCCACACCAAGGAUUACUGA